AUGUCCGAGAAUAAUAUUGAUGUACCAUACCAGAACGCCAUAGGAUGUCUUAUGUAUUUAGUUGUCAAUUCAAGGCUUGAUAUAGCUUAUGCUGUUAGCUAUUUAAGCCAAUUCAACAAUGGACAUUCAUUAGAACAUUGGAAUUGUAUAAAGAGAGUAUUCCGCUAUCUAAAAGCUACAUCUGAUUUAUUGUUAACAUUCAAGAAAACAAACUCUAUAUGCAUUGAAGGCUAUGUUGAUGCCACUUGGGGAGAUCACCAGGAUGAUAGACGGUCUCACACAGGCUUCAUAUUCAAACUAGCUGGAGGUCCUAUUUCAUGGGAAACCCACAAGCAGAGGACCAUAGCCCUUUCAUCAUGUGAAGCAGAAUACAUGGCUGCAUCUGAGGCAUGUAAAGAAGCUGUUUAUCUACGUCGACUUAUAAGCGAAGUGCUGUGUGACACACCAAAGCUGUUAAGCUUUUUGUUGACAACCAAAGUGCAAUAA